AUGGAUCAGUUGUUCCCACCUAAACCAAAGUGGACUUUUGCAGACAUUCCUGAUCUGUCUGGUAAAGUCAUCAUAGUCACCGGAGGCAAUGCUGGCAUAGGCAAGGAGACCGUGAAGCAACUCCUCCUGCAUAAUGCCAAAGUCUACCUUGCUGCUCGGAACCCACAGAAGGCACACGAUGUUAUUGAGGACCUUCGCGAACAGACCAAGAAAAAGGCGGUCUAUCUCGAGCUCGACCUCGCCGAUUUGAAGUCCAUCAAGGCUGCCGCAGAGGAGUUCACAAGUAAGGAGGCCGAGCUUCACGUGCUAUUCAACAAUGCUGGAGCCAUGAACGUCCCCAACGACCAACUGACGGCAGACGGUUACGACGGUACUUUCGGCACCAACGUCCUCGGUCCCUUCUAUUUCACUCAGCUCCUGCUGCCCAUCCUUUCUUUGACGGCCAAGUCCUCUCCCCCAGGGACGGUCAGAGUAGUGAACUCUACCUCUGUCGGUCAUGUGUUUGUCAGGACGGUAGACCUCGAUACGCUGAAGGACACAGCGGCCAGACGACGCAUGUCUACUCAAACUUCCUAUUAUCAGAGCAAAUUCGCGAACAUAGUCUAUACCAACGAGUUUCAUCGGCGCUAUGCUGACCGAGGCAUCGUCUGCAUGUCCGUGCAUCCAGGCAUGAUUGGCACGGACAUAUGGAAAGGAAGCGCUGCGUGGCUGAACCUUUCUGUUAACGUGCUCUUCCUCCAUCCCGUAUGGAAGGGGGCAAUCACUCAGCUAUGGGGUGCGACCAUGCCGGAAGGCGCAACGUUUGGUGGGAAGUACUUGAUACCUUGGGCCCGGGUCGGUGCAGCUAAGAGAGAGACGAACGAUCAGGAAUUAGGCCGGAAGCUCUGGGAGUUGUUAGAGGAGCAGAUAUCUCUGCAAGCGUAG